AGCACCCAUGUGCGUGUGUUCAUCUACAUGUCCGUAUUCAGCUGGUUCGGCGUAAUACGAAGAAAUAGUUAGCCUGCUCUUGCCCUCCCGAACCGCUUUGAUGGACUGGCUUAAAAGUAUAGAGCCGACACUUCUCGUGAUAUCUUUAGAUGGCCAGCGUAGGGAUGUAACUUAAGUAAAGCGCAGUCGCUGGUCAUUGGUUCAAAGUUUUGAUAUGAGCACACGUUCACUGUGGCUGCUGGCCAGUUUAUUCAGCAAGUCCCUUUCCCAAUCGUUUAGCGCCCUUACUAUGUCGGGAACAACGGACACUUGCGAACGAUCUACCUCUGAAAGGUUUCAAAAAGUAGAAGGCUCGACGGGGAAGUUUAAUGAUCUGGUACUAAGGUCACCAGAGAAGGCGGGAGACGGAAAUCAAGUUGUGGUUUUCUUUGGCGGCGACAUACAGGACUUCCCAGAGGCGAUGAUAAAGCAUCGUGAUAACAGGCGAUACGUCCAGUGGAACCUUGACAACAUGGCCACAUUAAUGGCAAAGCACUUUCCCAGUGCCCACUGCAUCGUUGUAAGGCCAAACAGGCUUCAGUACCUCACAUUCAGCUGCUAUGACAACUUUGUUGAGGGCAACGACAUGGGGGCACCAACUCAUGAAUUCAGCAUUACAGCAUUGGAGCACCUACUUGCUCUUCUCAACAGCUUGUCCUCAAGGCUGAGGGACAAAACAAACAAGGCAAGGUAUGGCCCUAUUGCCACAGGCGUACUGGAGCUUCCACUGGUGCUAAUUGGAUUCAGCAAAGGUUGUAUUGUACUCAACCAGUUUCUCUAUGCCAUCAAAGCACUAGAGGUCCAGCCUGAUGAUGAUGUCAUUGCGCUCGUCCGUAGAAUAAAAGCGAUGUACUGGUUGGAUGGCGGCCACUCCGGUGGAUCUAAUACGUGGGUAACCAAGGAGGUUAUCUUGAAAUCGUUUCGACCGUGCGAUAUCAAAGUGUAUAUCCAUGUGACACCAUACCAAGUGCUGUGCAGCUCAAGGCCCUGGAUAGGCAAAGAAGAGAAAGUGUUUAGAGAGACUCUGAAAAAACUGGGGGUUGAUGUGACACGAAAAAUCUACCAUGAAGAUGACCUUCCAUCGUUGGAAAUGCACUUCAGUGUGCUUGAGGAGUUCAAGGACGCUGCGUAACUGUAUACAUAUCAUGAGUGACCUUUACUGCUUUUUCGUGCUAACAUGUGCUGUUGAUGGUAAAAAUGCUGCGUUCGGAUGUCUUCAGGCCAUAAUAUUUUCGUAUGUUCUUGCAUCUACCAGUGAAUGCGACCCCUGUUCUGUGAACUUCAUGAUAAUUUAUUGAAAUCUUGUGACUUAUGUAUCAAUGGACUUGGACUGCAAAUGAAACUGUUUUGUGUGGGUUAACCAAGUUUCGCACCAACCUUCUAGACGCCUUUUUUUUACCCACUUAACAGCUAGUUGUUUCUGUUCACCUGUUUGAUUGUUUGAUUUGUACGUAGAGCAAGAGGGAGUCUGAGCUGUAGCCGUCUAGCCUCACUUACGAACAGGAAAGCAUUGUGCACAUGGAGAAAUCUGCCCUCAUAUGUCAGGAUAAAGUUGACUACUUGUGCUUCUGAAAUCCACAACAUUCUUAAUCUAGGUGUUUGUUAAUAUCACUGAUGCUGCUGUUGCUUCAACUGAGGCUUUAUCAGCAAUUUUGAUCUAAACCAAGUGCAUGACCUCAUGAUAGUGUGGUUGCAACAUAUUUAUUAUGUGGUAAUGAGUCUGGUCUGUCUGGUGAGUACUAAAAUGUAUAUGUUGUUGUAUUAAGUGCUGUAUGGUAAGCGUUGCCAAAACAUGGGCAGAAAAAAAAAAGAUACAGUUUACUAAUGAGCUGUGAAUUGACUCUAGUGCAAACCUUGCAUUUGCAUCAUGACUAUUUUUAUUUGUCAUCCUUCAUAGUGUAAUCAUACGUAACUUCUGAGUGCCAUAGAAGCUAUAUGCAUUACAAAUAUUUAGCACUGUUAAGAUGUGGACGACAGCAAAGGAGCCAAACACUGUGGUGGCCUUCUUGAGUAUGCCCACCAAAGCUGCGAUAGAAAAAAAGCUUCAACAAUUUUGCUUGCAAUAGUUGCAGUAUCUUAUGACAUAACUUGCAGCAUUAAACCCAGUAAAAGGGCAGACUAAUUGGAAUAAGUGAUGAGAACAGUUCUGCUGAGUCUAGGAAUACAUCUUUUGUCACUAGUUUACGUAGCGAGUGUGCUAUUUGUCUGAUGGGCUUGGAGGAGAAGAUACACUUUUCAAGCGUAACCCAGAGAGACAUGUUGCAGGACUCUGCUGUAGCUUUCCAGGAUGACUCGGAGUCCGGUAAAGAUGGGUUUAGCACUUGUCAUAAGGAAAUUCAAGAAGGGAGACUUGAAUCGAAGGCCUUGAGCUGUGUGGGCAUUGCAUAGCAGUGUGCAGGAACAAAAACUUGAACUACUGCCCUGGUUCCACAGGGCUGUUUCUGUAUUGGGGAGGGGGAGAGGGGGUUCGCCAUUUUAAAGCCCAGUCACAACAAACUGUUUCUGCUGGACUGAUAUAGCACUCUGUAACAAAGUUUGAAGUGUGUAAGCAGCUAAAGGCUCACAUUUGCCAGCACUUAUGCUCCACCAGGACAAUAAUAUUUUUUGGUUGUAUUAGGCUUACAUGAAGUUCCAUGAUGCUGUGCAUUGAAAUUUAAUGUUUCGAAGAAACUUUUUCCGGACCACUUGAGUGCACGUAAGGGUGCAGUAGGCCCACAACUAUUCUGGCUCAUUAAUUAAAGGAAGCAGAUAAGAUUUUAGAAUUAACUGGACAGGAAAGCAAUAUAUGGAUAAAUGAAAUUAUAGACACUCAUAACUUGCUUUUUGUCUGGAGUAUAAAUAAAGGAAAGAAACCAAGUAACGCUAGUGAUACCCAUUUUCAUAGCUAAGUAGUAGUUCCACUAACAUAGCAAUAUAUUUUUUUAACACGAAAAUGUUCUCUGCCGAGCACCAUCGGAAAUCUUAUGUACAUGCGUCAGGCGAUCAUCAUCAUGCAAGUUUCCUGGCAUUACGGCGAGGUGGUGCUACUUUGCCGUUCUGUGUAGAGUUACUGUAUAGGCUGCCUUUAGGGAGCUACAGGGAGCUUAUACAGUAAUGUGAGGCAGUGGGAGCUGAAAGGGAGACUGUCGAAGAAUGGUAGGACAACACGGAUGGGGGAGGUAAGUCGAGAAGAGCUGUUGGAAAGGAAAGGGCGGAGGGAAACUGCGCGCCCGCCCCGCCAGGUUCACUCGCUUUUCACCGCAUCCUUGCCCUCAGCUGUAACUCGAUAAGCGCGCUCGCCGAACACGCGUCGACGGACGACGCAGUUUCGCCACAUGCGCACUCACCGUCGCGUCGGAUACCUCCGAGGUGCUUGCUACCGGCGUCAUUGCUUCGUCCUCCGAACGAAACUGUAAUUAAAGGAUUGUGCACAUUUG